AAAGCAACAGCUAUAUAUAUAGAGAGAGAGUAGGGUCUUGCAAUAUCAAUCCAUCAUCACAAGAUCACACACAACUCAUCAGACUCAGAUAGAAGAGUUCAUUGAGUCAUCGAGAGCGAGCAACCAGCUAGACAAACAAGCAAACCUAGCUACCUACUACUCGAUCGAAGGCAAAAUGGACGUGAUGGAGAAGUCUCGGCGAGCUAACUUCUUGUUCGACGACGACGACCAAACGCCGCCCAGGCAGAACGGCCGCCGGAACGUCGACCAGCACAACAGCGACGACGGCGACGUCGACAGCGUCCGCGUGUCGUGCUACGGCGGCGUCGCAAAGCCAAAGGCCAAGUCGUCGUCGACUGCGAAGGACGUCGUCGUCACCGGCCGUCCUGCUGCAGGCUCCAACCGUACCUGAUCUUAUUCUUAGUAUAGCUAACUAGCGAUCGAGCUCGAUCCAGAAUUUGAAAUUUCGGAAAUUUUGCCCCCCACCGAAAUACUCACAUCUCGUCCGAAAUUUUCGGUUUUUUAUAACUUUUUAUGAAUUUUGGUCAAAAUUUAUUCUAAUUUAUUUAAAAUCAGUCAAAAUUUCAAAAAAAAAUCGUAUGAAAAAAAUCCGAAAUUUUGGAAAUUUCAGUUCUUUCGCCCACCUGCGGCAGAAAUCUUACUUCCGAAAUUUCAAACCCUGGCUCGAUCUCAUCUCGCACCCUUGAUCAUGUCGAGCAACCUUGUGUUGAUGAUCGACAUGGUCACUCUAGCUAGCUAGUUAUUCGUAUCAAUGUUGAAUAACAUGCAUAUGCAAACAUGACCGUCUCCAAUUACUGGUACAGACGACUACUUACAGAGUGAGCUGUAUGUUACGAGAAUGUACUUUACGAAAUACUACUAUGAACAUAGUACUAAAAUUGAAAAUCUCUCGAUUCUGUUUGUGUUGCCUCUA